UCAGACCUUAGUUUGCGUUUGUAAUUUCAACAACAAACAACGUGAAGCAGCUGCCACAGCAAGGCAAGUGCUCACUGUCCGUCUUUGUAGCUGAUUUAAUUUAAUUGCCUUCAAUUGGAUUUGAAGCUUCAUCACAGCCAGAUCUUCAAGACAUGGAUCAAGCUGAUAAUCCACAAAUACGCCGAUCCAUAUCGAUGCCGGUUAAACCGCGUCCGAUUGAAUCCAAAUCACUCAAGCGUUCGGAAGAAAAGGAGCGCAUCAACGAAUCGGUCGACUAUUAUCCAGAGAGUCCAAUUGUGCAGCGACGAAAGAAAAGCGAUUUGGAUGGACAUAUAAGCAGAAGUGCUAACAAUGUGCCUUGUGCAAGCGAUUGGGCUGGUAGUGCAAUUGAAUUGAAUCGUGAUUGCCGUUACAGUGAUCCAAUGUGUUCGCGACAUCGUCAUCAUCGCGUCAUAGAGAAAAGUGGCCAUGAGAAUGUCAAUUUUCGGCGUAUACCACAGAAAUCGUGGCGCUAUGUUAGAGAUUUGGUAACAACAAUGAUCGAACUAGAUUGGAAAUAUAUGCUGACGAUUUUUGUUGGAACCUACUUCCUCACUUGGUUCUUCUUCGCCUUGCUCAAUUAUAUGGUUGCCUAUUCGCAUGGCGAUCUAAUGUUUGACGAAGUCACCGGUGAGCGUUUGGGCGAGGGCAAGGAACCAUGUAUUAAGGGCGUGUAUAAUUUCGUCUCGAUGAUCAUCUAUUCGGUGGAAACACAAACCACAAUUGGUUUUGGUGAGAAAUAUGCGAGUGACGAGUGUCCGGAAGCUAUAUUCCUAUUCGUUUUGCAAAUGAUAUUGGCUAUUGGAAUUGAGGGAAUGCUCGUCAGCAUGGUAUAUGCAAAGACAGCAAGGCCAGCAAAGCAAAUAACGAAAAUGAAAUUUAGUGACAAAGCGGUGAUUUGUCAUCGGGAUGGCAAACUCUGUCUCUUAUUUCGCGUUUGCGAUCCACGCAAACAACAAGUCAUAGAGUCGAAGAUACGCGUUUAUCUCAUAAUGGGGAAAACCACACGCGAGGGCGAGUUCUUGCAAACACGCACUGAACUGAAAUUGGAUGGCAAUGGUGAGCAAAUUAUUGUUUGGCCAGAAAUCGUAUGCCACUUCAUAGAUGAGACCAGCCCUUUGUACUAUUUGAAGUCGGCUAAAGAUUUGAAUGAAGCACAAUUUGAAUUGUAUGUGUCGAUUGUUGGUUGCUCUGCCGCAACUGCUAUGGUAACGGAGGCACGCACUUCCUACGUGCCAUGCGAAGAUAUUUUCUGGGGACAGCGCUUUGUCAACAUUAUCAACUACGACUCACGCAAUGAGCGUUAUAUCGUUGACUAUAGCAAUUUCAAUACAACUAUAUCGGUCGACAUGAAAACUAUAGAUUAGUCCGGCUUCAAUGAACGUAAUUAAAUUGGUUUAUAUAUAUAUGUAUGUAUAUUUUUUUAUCAUUUUCAAAUGCAUAAUAUUUGAGGUAAUUUUUUAAAACUCCAUUUAUUAACUGGCAAAACUUUAUAUUUGCACUAAUAAAGUAUACAAUUAUGUUAAUCAUUUAA